AUGCACUAUCUAUCUCAGUCUAUUCAUAUCUGUCUCGGUGUAGUCACAUUUAUCUAUCUAUUUAUCUCAGUGUGUUCAUAUCUGUCAAUCUAUCUAUCUAAAUUUGUUCCUAUCUCUCUCUCUCUAUCUAUGUCAGUGUGUUCAUAUCUAUCUAGCUAUCUAUCUCAGUGUGUUUCUUUCUAUCUAUCUAUCUAUCUAUCUAUCAUUGUGUUCAUAUCUAUUUCAAUCUAUUCAUAUCUAUCUCAGUUUCCAUCUCGUUUGACUCCCUUAAAUAAGAAGAAAUAUGGUCAGAAGGGCAGUGACAGUGAACACUCUCAAGAGAAUUCAACAGCUUCAGAUUACAGUUCCUCCAAAAGAUCAAGAAAAUCCCGAGCGACCACUCGUGAUGCUGAAAAUGGUGUCUUUCAUGUCCGGCCUGUAAAACAUAAGCGAAGUCCUGAGAAAACAGCUGGCAGACAGGCAGAUUAUGACAAAGAUGAGGGAGGAAUAUACAAAUCGAAGUUAAGAAACCCAAAUGCUGAAGAUGCGACAGAAGUUAGUGAAACAGAUCAAACUAGGGUUGACAUGCCUGUGGACAAUAUGGAGGCUAAACAGACUUACUUCUCCUCUGAUCCUGAUACUCUAUGCAAAACAGACUUUCUUUUAUCUGUAGAUCCCUUUUCAUGUAGUCUUCUCUCUGAUGUUUUUAUUAAUAUAUUUUUUCUUAAAUUACAGGAUGGCCACACUGGACCCAUUAAAGAGAGUCAUCCUACUCCAGAUGAAAUUGCACCAAUUUCCUUGCCUAUUCAGUAUGAUGUUUCAGAUACUGCGUCUAUGAUGCAAGAACAUGUUCCUGAUGUCCCAGUUGAGGGAACUGAUGUGGAUGAAGAACCAAAUAUAACUCCAAUAAAAGAUGCUGAUGAACUUGCAGGUUCUUCUCAGGUAACUAGAAAAGAAGGACCUACAUCAUCACAGCCGGAGAAAGAUGAGAUCCAAGUUCCGCCUCCUGAACAAACAGUUGUUGCAGCUUCUCCCAGUGAAGAGACGGAAUCCUUAGGAACAGAAAACACAGAAGAUGCACUCAAGGAAGAGAUGAGUCAGCCUCCACAUGAGAUGAAUGAGAUGAAAAAACUGACCCAGAGAUUCCCUUAUAUAGUUAAUCUGAUACCUUGGUCUGAACUUACAAAUGUUUCUUUAUUCUUUUUCCUUUUUCUUCUUCUUCUUCCUUUGUCAAUCUUGUUACCACACUCACCCACUCCCACCAGCCCUGUGUUACGAAGAACAAAUGUUCACCUCAAACUUAACACACUGACCAUUCACUGCUGCAGUCAACCAGUCUUGCUUUCUUUCUUCACUUUUGGUCAGUUUUGGUGUUCACAGAUGCCCAAGACCAAGGCCUCCCCCGUCCCUCACCAUCUCAAGGCCCCAUCCCACCCUGACCAAAGUAGCAUAUGCACAUUGUCAGAUGCUUGA